AUGCUGUCUAAGCGCCCGAUUCGUGUUGGAAAUGUUUCCGGUGCAACGGGUGACAGCCCACACGCCAUGAGGCGAAUGGCACAGGAUGGCAACGUGGAUGUGAUCGUUGGAGAUUGGCUUUCGGAAAUGAAUAUUGCCUGGAACUCAAUAGCUAAAGAUCAGGAUUCUUCUCUGGGCUAUGAGCCUGGCUUCUUGGCACAACUCACUGAGUCGAUCGACACGAUUGUGGAGAAAGGGAUCAAAGUUGUCACUGAUGCAGGAGCAUUGAAUACGGAAACACUGGCAGCCAAGAUACAGGAGAUGUGUCAUAAUGGAGGUCACAAAGAUGUGGUGGUUGCCAUGGUUCUCGGUGAUGAUAUUUCAACCCUCAUAAAAGACCCCGCUCAGCGGGAAAAUCUCCGGCAUCUUGACCAUUCCGAAUGGGCGCUCAAGGAGUGGCAUUUGGAACCACAUUGCGGAGUAGCUUACACAGGAGCUUGGGGCAUCGUGGAAGCGCUUAAAGCUGAAGCAGACAUAGUGGUCUGUGGAAGAGUGACAGAUGCCUCUCCCGUUAUUGGCGCUGCAGCGUGGUGGUAUAACUGGGCCAAAGAUGAGUGGGAUUCACUUGCGGGUGCUCUGGUUGCCGGACAUCUUAUAGAAUGUGGACCCUAUGUGACAGGGGCAAAUUUCUCCGGAUUCAAAUCAUUGCUUCCUCAUCUGGUGGAUCUCGCGUUUCCCGUGGCAGAAAUCAACACAGACGGAAUGUGUAUUAUCACAAAGCCAGAAGAGCAUGCUGGAGCUGUGACACAGCACAACACGAUCGCGCAAUUUUUGUACGAGCUUCAAGGUGAACAGUACCUGAACCCAGAUGUGGUUGCCAAUCUUCACAAUGUAAAGAUCGACCAGAUUGCUCCAAACCGAGUACAAGUCCAGGGAAUUACAGGAUCGCCUCCACCAUCAACAACUAAAGCUAUGGUGGCUGCCAAGGGUGGAUAUCAGGCCGAAGCCACAUUCUACAUUAACGGACUAGAUGUCGAUGCGAAGGUAGAGAUGAUGCGCAAACAGCUUCUACAUGUCUUCCGGGGCCAUCGUUUCAGCAAACUUGCCAUCGACUUAUACGGAUCCAGUGCAACUGAUCCUCGAAGUCAACAGGCAGGUACAGUAUUUCUGCGCGUCUUCGCCCAGGCCAAACGGCUGGAGGAUAUCUCCGCUGACAAGUUCAAAAUCCCAAUAUACGCAUUGAGAAUGCAGAGCUACCCAGGAUACCACAUGAACCUCGAUUUCAGAACUAUGGAUCCCAAGCCAUUUAUGGAGAUCUUCCCCGUCACCAUCUCCAUGACAACUCUGCGACAGGAAACUCAUAUUAUGCGGAAAGCAAUUACAGAGAAAAUUAGUAUCGGUCCUCCUGCUUUGACCGCCGAGUACCCUAUCAUCCGUGGUUCAUAUGAGACUUCAAACCCAGUGAAACUGGCCAAGUUUGGUCCUACAAGUAUGGCUCCGCUGGGUAGUAUUGUUCACGCACGGUCGGGAGACAAAGCUGACAACUCUAACAUCGGUUUCUUUGUCCGAAACAAGGAUGAAUACCCGUGGUUGCAGUCUUUUUUGACAAUUUCUCAGCUGAAAGCUCUGUUCGCGGACGACUGGAUAGGGAGGGAAAACAGUGACAAAAGGCGGGUAGAAAGAUGUGAGUUUCCAAACAUUCUGGCCGUUCAUUUCCGCGUGAUGGACUUUUUGGACGGAGGGAUCGCAAGCUCUAGCAGAAUUGAUGGUCUGGGCAAAGGGAUCGGAGAAUACCUCAGAAGCAGGGUGGUUCCUAUUCCAGUUCAAUUCUUGGACAGGGGACGUAUUUGA